AUGGCCACAGAACAUGCUCGUGUCUCUGGAUGGCAGGGCGAGACCCUGCCAAGCAUGGUGGAUCGCCUCGCCAGGGACAACCCCAACGGUGUAUACGGCCUCUGGCCCACUGCACCGACCUCAUACGACCUAGGCUUCCGCACGAUAACCUAUGCCCAGCUGGCUAACAUCGUCAAUGGGCUGGCGUGGUUGAUUGUGAAGGAGCUUUGGCCUGGAACAGAAGACCACCCGGUUUUGACCUAUGUCGGUCCCAACGACGUCCGGCUCACGGCGAUGAUACUGGCCGCCGUGAAGACUAAUUAUGUGUUGUUCCUCACGUCGCCCCGUAACAGUCCGGCUGCACACAGAUCUCUCUUCGAGGCUCUGAAGUGCGAGACGCUAGUCACUACAGACCCGACACCGCCGGCUGCAAAUGCGAUUUUGGAGGCAGUCAAUCGUCGCCCUCGCCAGCUCACAGUCCCAGGAAUUGAUGAACUCCUAGCACAGACCUAUCCCCCGUUCUCAUAUGACAAACCAUUUGAGGCGGCGCGAUGGGAUCCACUCGUCGUAAUACACACGUCCGGGUCGACCGGGAUCCCCAAGCCCCUGAUCUGGACGCAAGAGUGUGGGAUCCGGCAUCAUGACUGCGCCGCCCGGAAUCUACCUGAUCAAGAAGGCGUCACAUCAGUCGACCACUUCAUCACCGGCAAGCGCCUGAUGGUGACGGUGCCGCCAUUCCAUGGAGCCGGCAUGGGCCAAUACAUGCUCUGGGCAAUCCCAUUCGGCAGUAUCCCCAUCGCCCCGGCAGCAGUGGGCAUAGUCACAGCACAAGGCCUAGCCGACGCACUCACCCAGACCCCGGCGGACGUCGCAGUCCUCGUCCCCUCAGUGGUAGCCGAGCUAGCGCAGAACCCAGCCCUGCUCGACUACUGCGCCGCCCGGCUGGAGUUGAUCCUCUACAUCGGCGGCGACCUCCCACAAGCCAUAGGCGACAUCGUGGCGGCCAAGAUCCCGCUGCGCUGCUGGUGGGGCGCGUCCGAGGUCAGCAUCCCGCACCAGCUGGUGGCCCCCGGCCUGGGGCCGAACGACUGGCGCUACAUCCGGUUCCACCCAUCGGUGGGCGCCGUGUUCGAGCAGGUCACCGAGGACACGUACGAGCUCGUCAUUCGCCGUGGCAAGGAGCCUCUGCCGCAGGUCUGCUUCAGCAUCCGUGGACAGCAGGAGCUGGAUGAGUACCGCACCAAGGACCUUUUCUCGCCGCACCCGACCGUCCCGGAUGCGUGGUGCUGGCGGGCUAGGGCGGAUGAUAUUAUCGUCUUCCUGAAUGGGGAGAAGACGAACCCGGUCUCGAUGGAGCAGCACGUCGUCGCAAGAAACCCGGAGCUGGGUGGCGCUCUCGUGUUGGGCACGCGGCGCUUCCAGGCCGCUCUGCUUAUCGAGCCAGUUGUUAAGGGUGACGCUCGUGAUGGUGCACUAACGACGGCCGAGCAGGCCGCGCUGAUUGAGCGCGUCUGGCCAAGUGUGCAAGAGGCCAACAGUACCGCCCCGGCACAUGCGCGCGUCGAAAAGGCGCUCAUCCUGGUGACGACGCCGGAUAGGCCGUUGAUCCGCGCUGGCAAGGGCACCAUCCAGCGCGCCGCCAGUGUGGCGCAGUACACGGCCGAGAUCGAGGCGCUGUACACUAAUGCUGAACUUGGGCCCGAUGGUGACGGCGAGCCACAUGCGCCGCUGGUCUCCUCCGACCCGGAGAGUGUCAGCCGCUUCGUCCAAGAGAGCGUCAGUGCCGUGACAAGCUGGCCGCAUGAAGAUGGAGACCAUCAACCGUCCGCGACUUUCUUUGAACGCGGGAUGGACUCGCUCAUGGCUCUCCAGCUCACUCGUGUCCUCCGGCGCGGCCUGCACCGUCCGGACAUAGGCCUGCCUACUGUAUAUCGCAACCCAACAGUCUCCCAGUUGACAUCUGCCAUCCUAGAAAGCACCGAAGAUGGCUCCAAGGAUGACGAUAGAGCACUGAUGGAGUCACUACUGAGCACAUACCGCGGUCUCAUUGACCAGAUCCCAAAGCCACAGACAUCACCCAACCCAGACAGUACCACAGAAAACGAACCACUCACAACAAUCCUAACAGGGUCCACUGGCACAAUAGGCACGCACCUUCUGCACGCCCUCCUCAACCGCCCAGGCAUAGGCUCCAUAAUCUGCCUGAACCGCAGCCCAGACGGCGGCAAAGCCAGCCAGGAGUCCCGCUUCGGCGCCGCAGGCCUGGACCCAACCGCCCUGUCAUCUACCCGCGUGACCUUCCUGCACGCCGACCCAUCCCAGCCCCUCCUGGGCCUCGACGCAGCAACGUACGAGGACCUCCGCGCCCGCGCCGGCCUGGUCAUCCACAACGCCUGGCCCGUCAACUUCAACCUGGGGCUGGCCGCGUUCCGCCCGCACCUGGCCGGGCUCGUAAACCUGCUUACGCUGUCCGCGGCGGUGGAGCGGCCAUUCCGCGGGGGGUUAGCCUUCGUCUCGUCGGUCAGCGCCGCGGGCGGCGUGGGCGCCGCGCCGGAGGAGAUCCUGCGCUCGCUGGACGUGCCACACCGUAGUGGCUAUGCGCGGAGUAAGUUUCUCGGCGAGCUGCUCUGCGACGCUGCGGCGGAGCGUCUUGGGGUCCCUGUCACCGUCGCUCGUGUGGGACAGGUAGCUGGUGCCGUGCAGCGAUCGGGCGGUGAGUGGAACCGAGCCGAGUGGCUGCCUAGCCUGGUCAUCAGCUCGCUGCUGCGGCUGGGAGGUAGCCUGCCAGGUGAUCUUGGGCCGCAGUUCUCCGAGGUGGACUGGUUGCCGGUGGAUAUACUGUCAGAUGUCCUAGUGGACAUUGCUACACGCCCUGGGCACGUGCCUGGUGGCGGCGCCGCGGACGUGUUCAAUCUUCGGAACCCCCAAACCACGUCAUGGGAGGCAUUGUUGCCAGCCAUCAUUGAUGCAGCCAAGACAUAUUUGCCGUCCAAAAUUGAACCAGAGGUCGUGCCGGCGUCCACAUGGCUGGCGCGUCUUAGAGAAAGCGAGAAUGGGGACCAGGGUACCAAAGAAGAUAAUUCCUCCAACCCGGCCGUCAAGCUGCUCGACUUUUAUGCCGACGGCCUUUGGGGCAGCACCGCACAAGAUGUCGGUCAGAACAAGACACAGCCCAUGGCUAUUGAACGCGGCCUUGCCUCUAGUUCCACGCUCCGCGGCGUGCCCGCUGUCAGCGCUGAUUGGAUGCGGAAGUGGGUAGGUGAAUGGCUGCAGGUAGGGAAUUAG